AUGGAAGAGAACAGGAAAGACAUACUGAUUUGCGGAGUAAACGGGUUUACCGCACAGAAGCUGCUGGAAUACAUAGUUGACCAGCGGCCAAAUCUAACAGUAGGUGUGACGUGCAGGAGCGAGAACAAGCUCAAUCUGACAUUCAAAGAGAUCUCUGCAAAGUGCAAGAAGUCUCUUAGCAGAGUAGAAAGCCACAUCAUUGGCGUAGAGAACAUUGGCAAACUCGCAAAGAUUUUUGAGGGGUACAAGGUAGUGAUAAACUGCAUAGGGCCUUUUGCCAACACAGGCCUGAGCGUGGUAGAGGCGUGCAUUCGUGCAAAAACCCACUACGUUGACUGCACAGGCGAGCCAGGGUUCAUGGAGGAAAGCUUUCAGCUCUUCCAAGAAAAAGCAAAAAAUGAAAAUGUGAUGAUUGUGCACGCAUGCGGCUUUGACUCCCUGCCGCUCGACAUUGGCAUCAACUACACAAUGAAAGAGAUAGAAAAGAAAGGCGGAGCCGCAGAGAGCGCAGAGUCGUACAUGCAGCUGAUCAACAGCAGAAUAAACCUGGGAACAUUCAAGACAAUCAUCACAAGCUUGGACACGCUCAAAAAUAGAAAAAAAGAGCAAAAGAGAGGAGAACAAAGCAGAAAGACAGAAAGCAAAAAAGAAAAAAAAGACGCAGAAUCUUCGAGAGGCAGAAAAGUGAAAAAGAUGCCUUUUUUCUGCUCAGAUAUAGGAAUGUAUGCUGCAAUAUUCCCAGGCUCAGACGCAUACGUUCUCAGAAAAACAAGACAGGCUCUGGGCAGGGGAUACCCUGUGUGCCACUGCUACAUCGCAAUUCCCUCGAUCUUUGGGAUGGUCUUUCUUGUGAUGCUGUGUCUGCUUAUAGGCGUGGUUUAUAUGCUGCCCGAAGUGCUAAGGCGAGUAGCAUACGACUGCAUCGAUUUUCUGAGCUUAGGGAAGGUGCGAAGUGAAGGGCCUAGCGACCAGGAGAUCGCAUGCUCUGGAUUUCAAACACGGAUAUUCACAAAGGGAAAGGAUGCAGAGGGAAAGCCAGCGGUAUUUAAGACUCUUGUGUCAGGCCCUGACCCUGGGUACAUAACCACGCCCAUCACUCUUCUCAUAUCUGCAGAGACCAUCCUCAGCAGUGUCUCUGGCCUGCUCAAGGACAAGGGCGGAGUGCACACUCCAGGAUCCCUGUUUGUGGACACUAAUAUUAUACAAAGACUAACGCAAGAGAAUAUCAUGUUCUGCACAAUAACAAACAAUGUUAAAACUUCGUAG